AGUGUGGCGGACAGAAAGUACGGGCGCCUAUUCUCCCAGCGCGAUCGGUGGCUAUUACAGUCCUCCUCUGCAGCCCACGGAUGCGUAGCACCACACGACAAAAGAACACGGCCUCUCAGACUCCAAACAAGAGGGAUGAAGACACGCAUGCGAGCACCGAAACGACCAGCCUCGCGCGUACGUGGUCAGUACGCCCGCGAACCGCGUUCAAACUUUGUAUCUGGAAACAGGCUGGCGCUGCUGUGCCUGUGCAUAGCGAUCCUCUUCGGCGUACUGUGGACACCCUCACCAAUACCGAAUGCGCCGGCGAGUCCGCCCUUUGAGGUGGUCGACCUGCCCGGGCGGGGGAAGGGCCUCGUCGCGACGCGGGAUAUCAAGCGCGGCGACCUCCUCAUCCGCGAAGCCCCCCUCCUGCGCAUCCCGCAGCAGAUAACCAGCUCCCCCACCGCCCUCCUCUCCUCUCUCCUCUCCGCCCUCCCCGCCGCCUCCCUCUCCGCCUUCUUCGCGCUCUCCGCGGUGCACCUCCCCUCCUCGCCCGACCCGGACCCGCUGGACGUGGCGCUGGCGAUCGUGCAAACCAACGCCGUCGCCGCGGGCGAGGGGCACAUCGGCGUGUUCCCGACGAUGGCGCGGCUGAACCACGCGUGCGCGGGGGCGUUUAAUGCUGUGUAUAGCUGGCGCGCGGGGGAGGGGGUGUUGGUGGUGCAUGCGGUGCGGGAUGUCAGGAGGGGGGAGGAGCUGCUGACGACGUAUAUGGACACGAAGAGGAAGCGCGAGGACCGGAGAGCGUACCUCCUCGGCCAAUACGCCUUCAACUGCACCUGCGCCACCUGCUCCCUCGCGCCCGCCCUGUCCGCGCAGUCCGACGCGCGCCUGGAGGAAAUGGCCGCGCUCUACUCGCAGUUCGCGAGCUGGGGCGGCGGCGCGAUCGACGGGCGCGCGGCGGCGGACAUUGCGCGGCGGAUAUGGGCGCUGGGGGAGGCGGAGGGGUACGUGAGCGAGCGCGGGCGGCUGGCGGGGGACGUGGUGUGGGUUGCGGCGGCGCACUCGGAUGUGGAAGCCCUGCGAGCGUGGGGUGCGCUGGCGGAGGAGUGGUACGGGUACGAGCUGGGGCGGGAGAGCGCAGAGGUGCGGGGGGUGCGCGAGGCGGUGGCUCGGCCGGCGGGGCACGCGGCGUGGGGGACGCGCCCGGGGAUGGCCAUCGGGGGAGGGCCGUGA